CUCAACAUCACAUUGAUUGUAAAACUAUUUUUAAUGGAAUCUAAAACUUAACCCCAAGAAAUUUAAUAGAAACUAAGUUUAGUGGUAAUUCAAACGGAAAAUUAAAAACGAAAAAGUUGAAGCAUGAGAACCAAAGUGGCUUUAGGUGUGGCUUUGCUUUUAAUCGAAUUUUCAAACAUCACAUUGUCUUUUAAUAUGAGUUUGAGUUCUGAUAACGAUACGACUAUUGAAUACAUAACUAGUUUCUUAAAUAUAUCGAAUUACACAACAACAGAAAGUACAGAAAUAUCUUUUACUCAAAGCUCAUCAACAGUACCAACAACAAGCAGUGUUGAACCUCUCAUAGAAUUUCAGUUGCCGGAAAAUUGUUCAUCUUAUAAGCUAUUAAAAGACCAGCCAAAAGCAACUCAGUCAUCGUCAAUUAAGAAAUGUUGUCCUCUACAUCAGAACUAUAAGUAUGAUUAUGGGAAGAGAUCGUGUGCUAACAGCACAUCGCCAUUUAAACUGAAUGCCAUUCAAGCAAAAUUCUAUGAAAAUUGCAUUGAAGACGAGGAAGUUAAUGUCACCAUCAGUAUAGUGAUUGAAAAUAAUUGCAAGAAUGGACUAAUUUACAAUGAAAACUACAAUGACAUUCUUUAUGUCAUCCAAAAUGGAUCUCUUUUAAGAAUCGAUGACGACUAUGAAUCAUUCGAUAUCUAUGACCAUUACUGUUUAGAAUUCGACGAAGACGAAGGCGUGUUAACCGCAAUUGUUUGCGAAUUUGAUGAUUUGCUGCUCAAGGUUGGACGAGCGCAAGCAUUAAUUUUCGCAACGUGCAUGUUUAUUUCCGUGCCAUGCCUUCUGAUAACAGCCGCGCUUUACCUUAUAGUUCCCGAGUUAAGGGAUUUACAUGGAAAAUCAUUGGCUUGUCACAGUAUUUCACUUAGUUCUGGUUUCUUCCUCCUUGCCUUCACUCAGUUCAGAGACAUGAAUACAUUUGAGGGACAUUCAUAUAACUUUUCAGGUUACUUUAUUCAAUUUUGCAUCAUUGCUUGCUUCUUCUGGCUAACAGUAAUGUGGAUUGACAUUUGUAUACAUGCUUGGUAUUACUUGCCGCGAGGAAUAAAGCAAACGCCAAAGGAUGACAAUGUUCAUUUGAUGUAUUACGCUUUAUUUGCGUUCGGUGUUCCUUUAAUUCUCGUGAUUUUAACCUAUAAAAAUAAACUAAGCGGCCUACCAUCGUAUUAUAUCAAAGGAACGACCAAAGUUGCACGUACAUCACAAACCUUCUUCAUACCACCGAUUACUGUCACUUUAAUUUUAAAUCUGUGUCUCUACGUAUUGUCUUACUUUGGCUUCCAUAAAUUACAAAAGAAAAUUAAUAUCAUGACGUUUCUCACGCUGAAACUGAAGAAAUGCGCAACGGAGAACAAAUGUUCAGCUGCCCGCAUUGCACAUAUAGAAAAGGUCGAAACGAUCAUGAAAAGCACAGCAUUUCUGACAAUCAUUAUGACAAUUAAUUGGAUUUUUGAAAUUAUUUCUUUCUACAAUGAGACGUCAUCCACUCUAUUUGACAUCAUUAAUGCCUUGCAAGGCGUGUUGAUCUUUUUAAUGUUUGUGUGUUUGCCGCGUCCAUUAAAGUUGAUUGGACAAUGGUGGAAUGACAGAGGAUCUUUUCAAGUACUUGAUAACAACUUUGAGAAGCAGACAUCCGACGAUAUUCAAAUGACAACUUUAUGCAAGCAAUAACAAUGACAGAAAAAAAUAAAACAAGUAAUAUAUGAGGAUGCACGGAUAUGAGGACGUAGAAGACACAAAAUUGAAUAAAGUCAUGAGAUGAAGAAGAAGAAGAAGAAGAGAUGGAAAAAUUAUGCAAAAUUAAAAUGAAGAGCUUUGUUAGUACAAUUACCUUGAUUUGUAAGCUAUGACUUGCUUUAUUUAUACAAACACAGUCUUCUUUACUACAAUUAACAAUUAAUAAAGACCUCUCAUAGCUUUCUUAUUAGUAUUAUCAAUUAAACAA